UGUGAAGAUAUAUCAAAACACAUAAAAAUGCCGAGUUCGUAUCUAUAUACCAUUAAUAAUGAAGGACGUGUGUUCGGAUUAUCAACAUCAGGAAAUAUGUGGCGUGAAUUUAUGUAUUUAGGCCUUGAAUUUAAACAAUUGUCAGCUGUACCACAUUUUAUGUGGGCUAUUGGUGGUGAUCGUCAAGUAUAUGUUCAUGUUCAUGGCUUAGACAUACCAAUUAGAAUUAAAGAAGAAACAUAUGAGAAUGAGCGAUGGCUGCCUUUGGAAGGUUUUUCUGGAAGACUACUUCCAACUGACAGAUACAAUUUUUCUAAUCAAGAUGGUACAGUUGAUCGGGGUAGAGACAAAGUAAAAUUACCAUCAAUGGCAUGGCAAUGGGAAGGUGACUGGCAAAUUGAAACAACGUUAGAUGGUCAACCAUUAGAUCAUGAUGGAUGGACAUACGCAAUUGACUUCCCAGCAACAUAUACUACAAAAAAGCAGUGGAAGUCUUGUGUAAGAAGACGUAAAUGGGUUCGUUAUCGAAGGUAUAGCGCUAUGAAUUCAUGGUGUGCUAUUGCACCUCUACAUAAAGAUCCAACCAAGGAACCUUUUAUCGAUAUAGCAGUGGGUGGAAAUCAAAUGCCUGGAAGUAGUUCUGGUAAUUUAGUAGUCUGGGCGGUAACAGCUCAUGGAAGGAUCAUGUUCCGUAUUGGAACGAGUACAACUUGUCCUGAAGGACAAAGAUGGAGCUCUAUCAAAUUGGUAAAUGGCUAUGAAGUAUGUCAAAUUAGUGUUGGAGCAACUGGUCUUGUUUGGGCUGUACUUAUGGUAGGCAAAGCAUUAAUUCGUACAGGCGUGACAAGAGACAAUCCAAUGGGUGAAAAUUGGUCGGAAGUGGAACCACCCCAGAAAGACUUGAGAUUGGUACAAGUUAGUGUCGGUACUGAUGCAGUAUGGGCUAUAACGCAUGAUGGCGGAGUAUGGUUUCGAAAAGGCAUUCAAGGUGAAAUAAGCGGUGUUUGUGAACAAUUAGCCACUGGAACCGGUUGGGUAGAAAUGUUAAGCAAAAUGGCAUUAAUAUCCGUUGCUCCUAAUGAUCAAGUAUGGGCUAUUGGCUAUGACGAUCGAUGUUUGUACUAUCGUACUGGUAUCACUCGCUCUGAAUUGACAGGAAAACGAUGGAAAUUAAUAAACGCACCGCUGCAAUUGAGUAGAACAAGUAGUAACGCUAGUUUGUCAUCUAACAACAGACACAGCACUUGCGGCACACCGCAACAGCAACGUCAUCAGAGUUGGAGUUCUUUGAAUCGCCCUCAUAGCACUGGCGAAGGUACAAUGUUAAUUAGAGAAUGGGAAGAGCAAUCACGUUCAGCACCAACACCCACAUCUUUAAAAUUGUGGCAACGUACCGGUGAUGGUAUAUCCGCAAAGAAUACUCAACAAACAUCUUUUCAAGAUAUAUAUUUAAAUGAAGAGAAGAAGAGAUCUGUAGAUACAAGUGAUUUAAAUGAAGCUAGUGUUGCUAAUAUAACUAUAUCUAAUGAAUCUUUAGCAAAAAGUGGAGAAUCGAUAAUUGUCUCGGGAAAAGGAAUGGGCAGUACUGUCAAGAUUAAUCCGGCUGCUUGGAGUCCUGUUCAUUCUGUCGGUUCCAUGGUAGGUGUUGAAGCGCAUCCAGAAACUGAUGGAAGUGUAUUUGAUCCAGAUUUGACUGGAGAUUCUGGAGUGUAUGGCGAAGAUGAAAGUGCAGGGAUAAUAUAUUGGGCCGAAUGUGAUGUAUUGUGGUAUAAAGUGGAAGCUGGGGCAUGUUUUGUUGAUCCAACAAAUCCACCCAAAUGGAUUGCUGAUAGUAAUGGUGCAAUGCAAGGAGAAAUUGGUGAACUGUGGAGAAUAAACAUUUUAGAUGAAUUAAAAGCAAGAUUAAAGAAAAUACCAUUUGAUUCGUCAAUAGUAUAUGAAAAAGCAGUUGAAAAAUCAUCUUGGGUGAAAAGUGGCGAUGGUAAAUGUAAAAUUAAAAACGGCAGUUUGUACGAAGAUUGCAAGAUUGAACUGGAAUGGAUAAGCAGCGAUAUUGGACUAUUAGAUUCUGGAACUUUAAUCAUAUUAAAUUCGGAUGGUGUAACAAGCAUAAUACAAUUUCCCGUCUCGAAAAUUACGUGUGUCGUUUGCUGCAGUGAACCAGGUAAUCCAAGGGUAGCAGUUCAUACUCCUAAAUUAAGUCGUUCAAAAGUCAUUAGGUUACAAUUUGCGAGUGAUACGGAAUUGGAAGACUGGUUGGCGCAUUUAACUUCUGUAUCUUGCCAAAUGAAUAAUGUAUAUGGUAAACCUGGUCCUAAUUCCAUUUGGACCACAACUGUGUUGGGUGACGUGUAUGUAUUCGAUCCUGCAGUUGCAGAGGAAUGUCAAUCAUCUGAAGAUGGGUACAUACAAGAAAUGGAUAUUGCUGGUAAAAAUUUACCAUUCGAAAGCAUAUUACAAAAUGGUUUUGGAUACGGUAGUACUCUAAGAAUUACAGUAUGCGUUCAUGAUGACGCUGACAGAUUGUCUUUUAAUCUCGUCUGUUACACUACAACAUUCGUAAAACAAAAAACUGUGACAGACAGUCAUGACAUCGCUUUGCAUUUUAAUCCAAGACUCAAAGAAAACAUUAUUGUACGAAAUACAUAUCAAAAUGGUCAAUGGGGAGAUGAAGAAAGAAAUGGAAGAAGUCCAUUGAAAGCAGGCUGUGACUUUAUAUUAUACAUUGUUUGCGAAGAACGUGGUUAUAAAAUUCAUAUUAAUGAUAACGAAUAUACUUUUUAUAGUCAUCGAAUACUUCCAACCAAUAUUACACAUUUACGUAUUAAGGGAUUAAUGACUUUAUGUAGUCUCACAUAUAAAUCUACAUCUAUAAUUGUUGAACCCAUUACAAUGUUUUGGAGACAAAUUGGUGGACAUUUGAAAAAAGUUGAGACAUGUUCUGUGGGUGUUACUUGGGGCAUUGGUUAUGACAAUACUGCUUGGGUAUAUACAGGUGGUUGGGGAGGCGCGUUUCUCAAAGGCCUAGGAACCAGCAAUAUCGGAAUAAAUACGAUGGUAGAUAUCCAUAAUUACUAUGUAUAUGAAAAUCAACGUUGGAAUCCAGUAACUGGAUAUACCGCACAUGGACUUCCAACAGACCGAUAUAUGUGGAGCGAUGUAACUGGACGGCAUAAAUGUACGCGAGAGCAUACAAAAUUAUUGUCAAUGCAUUGGCAUUGGGUAUCAGAUUGGAUAGUUGACUUUCACACACCCGGUGGUGUUGAUAGAGAUGGAUGGCAAUACGCUACUGAUUUCCCAUCGCAAUAUCACGGUAAGAAACAAUUUACUGACUACGUUCGAAGAAGACGAUGGUUUAGAAGAUGUCAACUGACGACAAGCGGACCUUGGCAAGAAUUGGGAAAUACUAAACUCAUUGAUGUUUCUAUAUAUGUAUCUGGAAAACCUGGCACGGAUAAUCCUAUUCAUGUUUGGGCGGUUGCUGCAAAUGGUGAAGCUUUGUUCAGACGAGGUGUCUCAGAAUCUUGUCCAAUGGGAGUAUCAUGGGAACAUAUACCAAGUGAUCAGCCCUUAAUUAGCAUAUCGUGCGGUCCAUGUGGACAAGUUUGGGCUAUUGGAAAGAAUGGUUCCUCCUGUUGGAGGCUCGGUAUUAGUGCUACAAAACCAACUGGUAUACAAUGGCAAAACGUCGAGCCACCUUCAGGCGCUCAAUUGAAGCAAAUUUCAGUAGGACAUGAUGUUGUAUGGGCUUUGGAUACGAUCGGUCGAUUGUCAGUACGUCGAGAAGUACAAUCCAAUGUUUUUCCUGAGGGAACUCAUUGGCAAACAUUACCUGCUAUGCCAAACGAUCCUAUUCAUAUAGAUAUGUCAGUCGCAAAUGCUAAACAAGGAUUCCGACAUGUAUCCGUUUCGAGGGAGCAAGGACAAGUUUGGGCAAUUUCAGGAGCUGGUAUUAUUUGUCGAAGAAUUGGAGUUACUCGUGAAAAUCCAGCUGGAACCGGAUGGGUGACUGGUAUAGGGGCAAACUGGCAAAACAUAAGUCUUGGAGGAUUUGUAAAUAAGACAAAAUAAUCUUUAUUAAAAUAGGUAUAUUAAAAUA